UUUGCCUCCUGGAUGUUUUUUUUCCGCCGUUACUGAGUUUGGAUACCGGGGGGGACCAACAUCAAACCGAACCCUCUCCGGUCGCUCCGAAGCCCACACAAGCGCCGUGACAACUCUUCGCCGUGAAGCCCAGCUCCGUGUCUACCGGGCGAUCCCGACGGAAGCGGUGACCCGGCCUUCCCUCCGCCCCCCCCUUCCGCCCACGGACCGGACCGUGUCUCGGUGCUGCCGGCGGUGGAUUGGAGCGCUCUGAUUGGAGGCUUUGUGCGAGGUGGUCUUUCGGUCUGGCGCCGCCUCCCCCCGGGGCCGGCGUGCGCUCCCAGCAGCCCGUGGUGCCCUGCGCCCCCCCCUCCCCGUCGCUGCACAUCAGAGCCCAUGUCCAAGGAGGAGGCGCGGCGCGUCCGCCAGGAGCCAUGUGCCUCCCUCACACCAACAUCAUGGACAACAAGUUACAGGGGGUGGGGCAAGGGGGAGGAGCUGCACUUCGACCACGGGAAGGAGGCGUCCCGCUGGAGCCCUUCGUACACCAGGUGGGAGGCCACACCAGCAUGAUGCGCUACGACGACCACACAGUGUGCAAGCCUCUGAUCAGCAGGGAGCAGCGCUUCUACGAGUCUCUGCCUCCCGACAUGAGGGAGUUCACCCCGGAGUAUAAAGGCGUGGUGCUGGUCUGCUUCGAGGGCGACUCCGACGGCUACAUCAACCUGGUGGCCUACCCCUACGUGGAGAGCGGCGCGGAGGGGGCGGGUGGCCCGGCGGAGCACGAGGAGCGCAGCGACCCCCCCGAGCGCGAGCAGCCGAGGAGGAAGCACUCGCGGCGCAGCCUCCAUCGCUCCUCCUCCUCCUGCGAGAACAAGGAGGAGCGGCCCGACCAGAGGGAGUCGCACGACGCCGACAUGGCCGACACCCUCGCCGAGCUGAAGAGUCCGAGGCUCGACCCCAAGAUCCACUCGGACGUCCCGUUCCAGAUGUUGGACUGGAACAGCGGCCUGAGCUCGGAGAAGAUCAGCCACAACCCCUGGAGCCUGCGCUGCCACAAGCAGCAGCUCAGCCGCAUGAGGUCCGAGUCCAAGGACCGCAAACUCUUCAAACCAGAGUUUCUGCUGCUGGAGAACGUGGUGCACCACUUCUCGUACCCGUGCAUCCUGGACCUGAAGAUGGGCACCAGGCAGCACGGCGACGACGCCUCCGAGGAGAAGGCGGCGCGGCAGAUGAAGAAAUGUGAACAGAGCACGUCGGCGUCGCUCGGGGUGCGCGUGUGUGGCAUGCAGGUGUACCAGCUGAACACCGGCCACUACCUGUGCCGGAACAAGUACUACGGCCGCGGCCUGUCGAGCGACGGCUUCCGCCAGGCGCUGCAGCAGUACAUGCACAACGGGCGCGGCCUGAGGCGGGACCUCGUGGAGCCCAUCCUCCACAAGCUGCGCAGCCUGAAGGCGGUGCUGGAGAGCCAGGCGUCCUACCGCUUCUACUCGUCCUCGCUGCUCAUCAUCUACGAGGGCAAGGAACCUGAGAGUCUCAGCUCUGGGCAGCAGAAGGCCCCCGCCGCGGCCCCCGCAGAGCCCCGCCGUGGCCCCGCCCCCAACCCACCGCCGGCCCCAGACGCCCUCCGUGAAAUGGAUUUGAGCCAGAAUCCAGACCCCCCCGCGCCGCCGCCCCCUCAGGGACCUGGACCGGCGCCGGUGGCCCCGCCCCCUCCCCCGCAGGCCCCGCCCACCAAGUCAGACUGCCACUCCUUCCACCCGCCGCUCCCCUCGCACCACCCACAUCCAGACUCCUCCUCCACUUCCUCCUCGGCUCCCGGCUCAAUUUCCUCCCCUCCGCUCCCUCCUCCCCGCAGCCGCACCCGGCCCAAACAGCGCCCCCUGGUGGACGUGCGCAUGAUCGACUUCGCCCACUCCACCUUCAAGGGUUUCCGCGGCGACACGGCCGUGCACGACGGGCCGGACCGCGGCUACGUGUUCGGACUGGAGAGCCUGGUCCAGAUCCUGGAGGGUCUGCAAGGCGACAACUUGGCGUAGCUGCGAACACACACACACACACACACACACACACACACACAGCUUGUUGUUAGUUCAGGUCGUGCCGCAGCGUUCUCGAGACGCUUUGGCUGUAAAUAUGGAAGGAGCUUAUUUCGGCCGUCACCAUGGCGACGUUGGCAUUCUACAGUAGAGCGGUUACUAUAGCAACAGACGGCGGGACAGCGGAGCCGAAAGGAGUGAAACCUCGGAGCCGAUACGGAGAACUUUUGUCCGUUUGAGGCUCUGCAAAACACACACACACACACACUUGUACUCCUGUAUUUGUGAGGACCGCAUGGACAUCAUGCAUUACCCAAACCCCAGAACCAGAACCCUGAAGGUCCGACCCGGAAGUCUCCCGCCGCUCGCAAUUAUAUUUAGCUUUUCGCUUCUUAAUCUAGAUAUUUGAGCUUCACCGCGCAGGAUGUUUGUGUUUCCAGUUUCACAAUCAGAGGACGAAGACAGACGCUCGUAUUCAAAAUGGACACUUUUAGUCUUAAAAUGUGUCUGGAGGGGAAAUCUUUAAACUCAGGAUUUACAGCGAAGCUCAAACAUCCAGAACAAGAAUCGGCUAAACACACGAAUGGAAGGAGGACCGGCAACGGGCGUCAUCCCUCCCGAGUUCCCCAAACGCCAAGAUGGACAAAAAGGAGCACACACACACACACACACACACACACACACACACAGCUGGGGAACAGUUGUCCGUGGAGCGGUUUGACAGCGCCUCUCUGAAACUCAGAGGGGGGGGGGCCUCCCUCUGAAGUUGGCCAACACUCACUCAAGCUCCUCCCCCUCCUCCCUGAGACCCCGCCCCCUUUCCUCCCCACAUCCUCCACUCCUCAGCAAACCCAACCUGGACCGGUGAACAUGACUCUUUUUAGCCUCACAACGCACUCAUCAACACAUCCAAGCAAUAGACGGCGACUCCUUCUUCUUCUUCUUCUUCUUCGUCUUCUUCUUCUUCUGUUCCGUAGCGCUUCGGGGAGAGAACACGGAGUGUUUCCGCUGGUCGUCGGUGUGAACUCAUCCUCUGGGUUUCUGUGUAAAGUCACUUUUUUCCCCCCAAAAUCUGGCCUGCUGAUAUUUUUCUUCUCGUUAACAAAUCCCAUUUUUAAAACAAACUCUUCUCAAAGCGUUGUCCGUGUGUCCAGAGCCCGACGCCGCUCCGUCCUCUGAGCCGUAGAGCUCCAUUGUUGUCUGAAGCGAUUAAAAACACAUCGGCGUGUUGCCCUGGGUGACAUGUUCCUGAAUUAUCAGCACGCACACACACACACACCGUCCUGCUGCCACUGAUCCUCCCUCGAGCGCCACAUGUGGAUCGACCCACAGCUGAAAAUAGUCCCAAAGCUAAUGCACUAUUUCCUUCUGUUUGGUUUAUGAAAAAACAAAAAAAAUUAAAAAACGACAGCAACCAGCUGCUUUUAGGAAAAGUACCCAGAAUUUAAAAUGUGAGAUUUGAAGUUUAUUUUAAUGUAUAAAAUAGAUUUGGGGGGUCAUCUUGUUUGAUGGCCGACUGAAGGGGGGGGGGGAAUCUUCAGACUCUAUUUGGGGACUCGCGGUCGGCGACUCGGCGCCUUGACCACCGCCUCGAGGACUCGAGUGUCUCGACUUUGGAAUUCAGCCGUUGACGAAACAAUCGGAACCGCGGUCCGAUCGGAUUUCCCGGAGCCUUCGAUCGUCCUCAGAAGACGGAGUCGCUCAGUUUGUGUGGAAUUAUUCAACUUUCCUUUUGUAAAGCUCCGGAGCGGCUUCUGUUCACUACUUCCUGUUGCUGGGUUUUUCUUUCUUUCUUUUUUCUUCCAAUGUCAAGAAGUGAACUUUUUAACUCGACAUGGGCGAGAAGUCCUUUAAGUGCUUGUAUAAAUAUGUGAUAGAUUGUGUGAUACAGGAGCUCCAGAAACACACGGGUCCUUGUGGUGGGAUUGUUUGUGUUUGUGUGUGUGUGUGUGUGCGCGUCUGAUCUAUCUUUAAAUUAAUUCCUACUCCCGCAGUAGGAACACUUUGCUUUGAGGCUGCGAGCCAGAGACAGGAAGUCAGGAUGUGUUAUUGGUUUUGGUCUCUUCGUGGGAUUUGUUGACAAUAAGAAAAUAUAUAUAUAGAUUAAUACCAGCCUUGGUCUUUAACUUAGGGCUGCGUGGUAUUGUUGAAUAACAAUAAUAUUUAAUAAGAGGAAUAUUUUUCUUACAUAUAUUAUAUACAUAUAUAUAUAUAUAUGUGUGAUACAAUCACAAUAUGGCAAACUGCGCAAAAUCAUCCAAAAUAAUCAAAUUAAUUAAAUGUUCCUGGGGAAAAAAAUCCUUUUGCCUUUUUAAAAAUCAUAAUUUGCUUUAGAAUCAUUAAUUUGGACAAUGUCAUUUUUUUGUUUUUCAACAAUGUUGAAUUAUUGUGCCAGGACACAAAGAAAACACGUCACGUGUGACUGUCAGCCCGAUGUGGGCUCAAUUAAUUUGGAGAUGCCGCCACUCGUCUCAUCCAAUUGGUCCCGAGGAGACGAGCCGUUGGCCAAUCACGCUCGUCCAUUGAUGCUUCCUUUCAACCAGUUCCAGAGGCCGGGCUGUGACGCAGUACCGCCCCCUGCUGGACGGGAACGGGAAGGCAGGAAUACGAGAGAGCGAAUAUAAAUAUUUUUAUUUUUGGGGUGGUUAUCGAGGUGAUAAUUUAUUUUUUUAUUGUAGCAUUACCCAUGUGUGUGUGUGUGUGGGUAGAUGUUUUGUCUUAUACAUGCCCCUUCCCAAAAUGUAAAGACAUUCUGAGACGCUGUGUGUGCGAUGUCGGGUGAAUUCCGCAGUAUUAUUUGAGCUUACGAGUCCGUUUCAUCUGCUGCCGACCCGCCUUCAGCUCAGUGCUGAUCGGGUAUCAAUAGAUAAUAAUAGCCAGAUUGUGUUUCAUGAAGAAAACUGUUGCAGUAAAUCCAGACUCCAGUGAGCCCAACACUUGCUCUGGUGGGAAGCUCUAUUGAACGUGUGUGUGUUAGUGUGUGUGUGUUAGAGCAGGUAGACGCCAUCUUUAGCCUCUGGGUUAGUUCCACUGCACAUUUCUACGGAGUUGGUAAAGAAGCAUGCACCAUUAACGUCCUCCUGUUUGGGGUUCAGCUUCCACCGCGGCGUCAAACGUCCUCGUUCCCGUCAUCGUGGCGGCCCCACGCCGCCCCUCGCAUCGCGAUGCCUCAUCAUGGAGGUUAGCCUCAAUGAUGGAUCAGUUAUUUUUAGCAGCAUUUUCUGCAUCUGACGUCACCCUGACUGUUAGAACAGUGAAAGUAAGUGAGAUUAAAUCUUUCCAGAAGCUU